UUUCUCUACUUUUUGUGUGUAUUUUUGUGCUUAAAUAGAUGUAUUUAUUGUUAAGAAGAAUUGUUCGGGCUAGUCGGCGAUCUUGAAAUAUUUGGAUUUGUCUCGAUGAUUAGGGUAUUGAAUGGCUAUCUAGUAACUGAAAUCGGUGAAUUUAUGCUUUAGAGAAGGCCUUCUGAUUACCGUUGUGUUCUCUGCUUGCCAGAAGACUUUAUGAAGUCGUCCAAAUGCGUAAAAUGGUUAUUGUAGUAGUUUGUUGUGUAUGAGUGGUCAUGGGAUCUGCUUGUUGUAUUGCUGCAAGAGAUAGAACCAGUCCCGACAGAACUGUUGGUGAAACUUUGCACAGGAAUUUAACAUGUUCUCCAACUUGGAGCUUCCAGUGGGAAAAUCAAAGACGUGUUGCUGGUGAAAUCGAUGAUUUUCCCUCUCAAGUCUCUCAUGGAAUCAGUGGGAAUCUUGAUGUGGAGAUGAAAGGGGCUUUAGAUUAUGAGAGAGGUAAUGUUUCUGAUGGAGGAAGUCCACUUGAGAAUAUGGGGACUCCUGCUUCUCUAAAGUCAGAAGUCCACGAAGCUGUUGUAGGUUUGAGUAUGAUGACUCCACUGUCAGAUGUAUCCAAUGCGAGCAAUAAUUCUAUAGAGGUGAAGAACUUGGCUGAAUCACCAGAUGUUGCAGAUCUACCAGCCUCAAAAUUUUCAUUUUCCAUACCCUCUCCAUUUGUGAUGCCUGUUGGCGACCCUUUUUCAACUCAUGUGCAUCAGCUCCCUCCCAACUCCACCCCUACCCGCCGGGCUCGGCGUUCGCAUGGGUACCGGCUAUUUAGACAGGUGUCAGAUAGCCGAAUCCUGGGAUUGAAAUCGCCAAAUGAUUAUGCAGAGUCUGAUGGAAGGUCGUCAGUUGUACACUCCACCUGCAGCAAUGACUUGACAACUGGAUCCCAUGGUGGUUCGUCUGAUGGCUGGUCCAUGCGCACCUUUACUGAGCUUGUUGCAUCUUCUCAGAGAGAGAGGUGGUCAUUUGACAGUGAGCACUUGGGUUCUGCCCAUGGUAGGAUAGGUGAAUCUAGUGGAAGGCUCUCAUACUGUCCGUCUCUAGAGUCGCAAACUUGUGGGUCUUGCUCAAAGCUCUUGCCAGCGAGAUCUUCAUGGAGCUGCAACGAGCUGUCAGUUGCUGCCGUGCUGGUUUGUGGUCAUGUUUACCAUGCUGAGUGCCUGGAGACACUUACGCAAGAGGCUGAUAGGUAUGACCCAUCUUGCCCAAUAUGCAUGGUUGGAGAAAACCAAGUAUCGAAGAUGUCUAGGAAGGCUUUGAGAAUGGAGGCAGAUUUAAGGGCAAAAACCCAUAAGAUAUCUAGAAAUCGAGUCAUAGACAGUUACCUUGAUGGUGGUUUUGAUGAUAUCGAUCGCCAAAGCAAUGCGAAACAAGUUGCAAAAGCUUCCAAGAUGGAAGCCAGCUCUAGUUCAAGGGGCGCCUUUUCCAAGCCUUUCUUGAAACGACACUUAUCAAUUGGGACCAAGUGGAGGAGAUCCUUGUCAGAGAAUGAUUAUGCCAGAAGGAAGGAGGGAUUUUGGGCUAGAUAUCGCAAAUAUUUAGCUCCCAAGUGAUAAGGUGUGAGCAACUUGGUCUUUUACCACGCUAGAUGAUAGAUGGUAGCAUUCUUUUUGAGGUUUUUGUAGAUUGGCUAAGAUUCUGCUGAAUUUGUUUAAUCAUCUUACUGCCUUACAAGAACUGCUGGUGCCGUUGAAAUUAUGUGAAACUGAAGGCGAAGGCUGCUUAAUAGUACCUAUAACUAAGCGUCUCAAAUACAUCCACAACUGUUCUCUGGAUUAACUUCCUUGUCCAGGUAAUUCCAUUAACCGUGAGCUAUCUGAUUAUUGCAGGCCUCUUUGAAGGCUAUUUUUUUUUGUUAGAAUCCCGAGGGCCUUGAGUUGGGGGUCACUUUUGUAGCCCUGCUGGGAAUCUGAUCAGAAUAAAACUUGGGGUUGCUGAUAUCUUGUGGAAAUGAUCUUGUUUAAAAUAUAACGAAGGUCAAAGUAAUGAGUAUUUUAUUCAGUUAUAUUGUGGUUGCUUUUGGUCUGUAUUUUUGUUGAGAUAUACCACGAAUCCCUCUCUUCCCUCG